GGAAUUCAACCAUCACCGGAGGCGGAAGCCACCAAUCUACCUUGUGAAAUAUAAAGGGGUUUAAGCCUUUAGCCGCCUUGGAACGCUAGUCCUUCCAUAAUGGUCGCCCUGAGACACAUAGGCGUUGGCCUCUAUACUCCAGUUUGUACUCCACUGCCUCCUCCGAGGAAGCCCUUCCAGUUCGUUCCCACCACCGUUUGCUCUGCCAGCAAAUGGGCCGACCGCCUGAUCUCCGACUUCCAUUUCACCCCCAAUUCCGAUCACUCCCUCUCCUCUUCUUCCUCCACCGCCACUCUCUCUCCUCCUCUCCCUCCCCCUCCACCCGAGCGCUACGUUUCCAUGCCCCUGGAUUUCUACAAGGUGUUGGGAGCUGAGACUCAUUUCUUAGGCGAGGGCAUCAGGAGAGCUUAUGAAGCUAGGGUUUCUAAACCCCCUCAGUAUGGGUUCAGUCAAGAUGCCUUGGUUAGCAGAAGACAAAUUCUUCAAGCUGCUUGCGAAACCCUAACCAACCCUAGCUCUCGAAGAGAUUACAAUCAUGGGCUUCUAGAGGAUGAACGCGACACUAUCAUCACUCAGGUGCCCUGGGAUAAGGUUACUGGAGUCCUGUGUCUGCUCCAAGAAGCUGGGGAGACGGAGGCAGUGCUUCAAAUUGGGGAGAAUUUGCUGCGGGAGAGGCUGCCCAAGUCUUUCAAGCAAGAUGUGGUGCUGGCAAUGGCGCUUGCGUACGUGGACAUGUCUAGGGAUGCCAUGGCUUUGAAUCCUCCGGAUUUUAUUAGGGGUUGUGAGGUGCUUGAGAGGGCCCUGAAGUUGUUGCAGGAGGAAGGGGCAAGCAGCCUGGCGCCAGAUUUACAGGCACAAAUUGAUGAGACCUUGGAAGAAAUAACCCCACGCUGUGUCCUGGAACUACUAGCCUUGCCCCUUGGUGAUGUGUACCGUACAAAGAGGGAGGAAGGUCUUCAUGGUGUGCGCAACAUAUUAUGGGCUGUUGGUGGAGGGGGAGCAGCUGCAAUUGCUGGAGGAUACACCCGUGAAGAUUUUAUGAAUCAGGCCUUCUUACGCAUGACGGCAGCUGAGCAGGUUGAUCUAUUUGUAGCGACACCAAGUAAUAUCCCAGCAGAAAGUUUUGAAGUUUAUGGUGUAGCACUUGCACUCGUUGCUCAAGCAUUUGUUAGUAAAAAGCCUCAUCUUAUCAAAGAUGCUGAUAACCUCUUCCAACAGCUUCAACAGACUAGGGUAACAACUUUAGGGAAUCCUGUCUCUCCUUAUUCUCCUACAGAAAACCGUGAGAAGGACUUUGCUUUGGAGAGGGGUCUUUGCUCAUUGCUUGUUGGUGAGAUUGAUGAAUGUCGGUCAUGGUUGGGCUUAGACUCUGAUAGCUCACCAUAUAGAAAUACAUCAAUUGUAGAUUUUGUGUUGGAGAACUCAAAGGAUGAUGAUGACAAUGACCUUCCGGGUCUUUGUAAAUUGUUGGAGACAUGGCUAAUGGAGGUGGUUUUUCCUAGAUUUAUAGAUACCCAAGAUUUACAAUUCAAGCUUGGAGAUUAUUAUGAUGAUCCUACUGUCCUCAGAUAUCUCGAAAGCCUCGAUGGAGUGCGUGGUUCACCCUUAGCUGCAGCGGCAGCUAUUGUGAAAAUUGGAGCUGGGGCUACUGCUGUUCUUGAUCAUGUGAAGGCUAGUACAAUUCAGGCGUUGCAGAAGGUGUUUCCUCUUCAUCAAGGUGAAGAGGGUAUAAGAAAUCAUUCAGAUGGUGUUGUGAACAACAUUAUCCCUGGUGCUGAAAGUGAACAGCCUCUGGAAAAACCAAAUUUGGAGUAUUCUGCUAAGGAUUCUGGAAAAAGUAUUUUUGAUGAAAUGCAGGAAGAAGAACCAGUUACUGAGAAAAUUAAAGAUGCUGUUGUGAAGAUCAUGUCAGCUGGUGCGAUAAUUGGAUUGCUGACUCUGGUUGCCUUGAAAUUCUUGCCUGCUAAAACCUUUUCAUCAGUUAUGCGUAAAAAAACAAAUCCAGCUAUGGCAUCUGAUGUCAUUGAUGUAGGCUUAGUUGAAGAUUCUGUGGAGGAAUUACCCAGAAUGGAUGCAAGGUUUGCGGAACAUAUAGUUCGCAAGUGGCAGAAUAUUAAAUCUCAGGCAUUUGGACCUGAUCAUUGCCUUGAUAAAUUACCAGAGGUUUUAGAUGGUCAGAUGUUGAAGACAUGGACUGAUCGUGCAGCUGAAAUUGCACAGCUAGGUUGGGUGUACGAGUAUACUCUAUUGAACCUUACCAUUGACAGUGUUACUCUUUCUUUAGAUGGGCAACGUGCUGUGGUAGAAGCAACCCUGGAGGAGUCUGCUCGCCUGACUGACGUUCAUCAUCCAGAGAACAAUGCCUCAAACGUAAAUACCUACACAACAAGAUACGAGCUGUCUAGUGCUGGAGCAGGAUGGAAAAUUAGUGAAGGUGCUGUCUUCAAAUCAUGGUAAUUGUAAGGCAUAAGGAGGUGAUAAUGUAAAUACAUCUUUGAUUCUUUUACUUGUUAGUUGCAAUGUUAGUAAUUUGGUAAUUUCAUCCUCAUCACUGAAGCAUCAAAUGCAAGAAUGAAGAUUUUAUUGUCCAAAAAAAUAAAGUUUAAUCCAUUUC